AUUCCGUCCAUCCACGAACUCCUCGAUCGUCGUAUAGUUGUCGUAAAUGAAUUGCGUCUCCUUCCCACCGCCUCUGUUCUCCCGACCACCUCCUUCCUCCCCACCUCCUUCCUCCCCACCUCCUUUCCUCCCCACCUCUUUCCUCCCCACCUCUUUCCUCCCCACCUCUUUCCUCCCCAUCUCCAACCGAACCACCGCCAUCAGCGCCUGUGUGUGCACACGCGUUUGCUUCAGCAAAGCCACCCGGUCACCCACCACCUCCUUGUCAGAAUCUUCACCGCGCCUCACAGAACCGGAACCAAGCGUCACCGAUCCCACCCUCAUCCGAGCCCCCACCAGCUUGCUCCGAGACAAGCCAAAAGCCCUCCGUCUCCAAUGCAGCCUCCGUCUCCGAUGCAGCCUGUGUCUCCAAAGCGGUACGAUUCCCCGAGCACGACUCGGG